CUAACUUGACACCCUGACUGCUUCCACAGUGAAAACAGCUUGCGAUCAGGACUAAUGGAGACCGCAGGAGUGUGUGAGAUUGAUGUGGCCACCAGAAGAAUAGUGGGAGGCAGCGAUUCACCACCUGACCUGGACAGCCCCUGUCAGGAGGAGGUAGCAGGGUUUGGUCUGGGCUUGUGCUGUGCUGAGGAGGAGAGAGGAGAGACUCCGGGCAGGGAGGACAGUCCCAGUGACCUGGGGGAGGCAGAGCUGGACCCUGGAGGAGACAACAAGACUGCAGAGGACAAGGCUUUGGGUAAGGAGGUUGUUCUGUUGAUGCAGGCUCUGAACUCCCUCGCCACUCCUGAGGAGAAACUGGCCGCAUUGUGCAAGAAAUAUGCAGACCUGCUGGAGGAGAGCCGCUGCAUGCAGAAGCGUCUGAAGGCUCUGCAGAAGAAGCAGUCUCAGAUCGUGAAGGAGAAGAUCCACCUGCAGGGGGAGCACAGCAAGGCCAUCCUGGCCCGCAGCAAGCUGGAGAGUCUCUGUAGAGAGCUGCAGAGACACAACAAGACUCUGAAGGAUGAGAACGCUCAGCGGUCCCGGGAGUACGAGGAGCAGAGGAAGGAGGCCAUGCUGCACUUCCAGAUGACCCUAAGUGACAUCGAGGUGCAGAUGGAGCAGCACAGCUCCCACAACACCAAGCUGAGGCAGGAGAACAUGGAGCUGGCCGAGAAGCUCAAAAAGCUCAUCGAGCAGUACGAGCUGCGAGAGGAGCACAUAGACACAGUGUUCAAGCACAAGGAGCUGCAGCAGCAGCUGAUGGACGCUAAGCUGCAGAGAAUCACAGAGAUGAUGAAAGAAGUGGAGGAGAAGCAGCAGAGAGAGAGAGACUUUCUGCUGAAGGACGCCACAGAGUCCAGACGCAAGUGUGAGCUGAUGAAAGAGCAGGAAACACAGCUUAAACAACAGCUCUCUCUCUACAUGGACAAGUUUGAGGAGUUUCAGAGCACUCUGGCUAAAAGCAACGAGGUGUUCACCACUUUCAGACAAGAGAUGGAGAAGAUGACCAAGAAGAUCAAGAAGCUGGAGAAGGAGACGACACAGUGGAGGACCAAAUGGGAGAGCAACAACCAGGCCCUGCUGCAGAUGGCUGAGGAGAAAACUCUGCGUGACGGCCACUUCAAGGCCCUGCAGGGGAAGCUGGAGCUGCUGGAGAGGCUGUGCAGAGCCCUGCAGAAGGAGAGGAACGACCUCAACAACCGCCUCAGCCUCCUCCAGGAGCAGGGAGGAGACAAGGAGACCACGUCACCCCCCCAAGACCAGCCGCAAGAGCUGUCUGCAGGGGAGGAGGAUGAGGGAGUGGAGGAAGAGGAGGAGGUGGAGGAGGAGGAGGAGGAGGGCUCGGCACAGGGCGACAGGCUGGAGUCAGAGGACGUCCACCAAGCUCCCAGACCACCUGAACUGGAACCCACAGAGGCCCCUACUCACAAAACCACUACUGCUCCUCUGAUCACAGCCAGCCAGCCUGCAGACACAGCACACACACAGCAAGACUGAACACAGUCCGCCUAUGUGUGUGUGUGUGAUAGUCGGGCUCCACACACCUCCAGCCUAGUUCCAUAACUAGCCAGAAAAAUCAUCUUCAGUGGAGAUAGGGAUUAUUAUUUUGUUCUUUUUUUCUUUUCUUUUUUUUUUUUAAACUCUAGACGUGUGUCUCCAGGUUUCUACAUUGUAACUCAACCAAUAUCUUCUUUUUAUUGUGCAAUUAGUUCAAGAAUAAAAACGAUUGUAUGAAAGAUUCCACUCUUAAAAGUUGCCCCCCACGUUUAGAUUGGUUCUAAUAAUUGGCUUUGUGGUGAGUACUUAGUGUGCUCCCUGUUUUCUACCAUAACUGUAUUUUCAUAGAUUUCCAUCAAGUCAAAUUGGCCACCUUUUUUUUUUUUUUUUUGAAUUUCCAUUUCAAAGUGAGUAUAUAUGUAGCCCUGCAGAAAUGGGACAGU